CGGCCAUUUUUAAUUUACAUUCUCUUCUCAGUACUGUUUUUAUUUUUUGUAGUGUUAAUGAAUUAUUGUGAUUUGUGUUGCUAUAAUUUCUUUAAUAAGAAACUAAUUUAACUUAGUUUUUAUUUAGAUGUCAGGUGGUAGGCUUAUAGUGCUGGACCGCGCUGGUCGCGAUGCCAAGCAGUAUGCCCUUUUAGAGGGUUUGGCCACCCUUGGCUCUGAUCUGGCUUGUGACAUCCGCCUAAUGCUGCCAGCAGUCAGUCCCCACCAUGCCACUGUUAUGGUACAGGCUAAUCAGACUGUGGUACAGAGUGUAUCUGAAGGUGUCACUUUGCUGAAUGAUGUGCCUGUAAGUGUAGCUGUACUCAGGCACGGUGAUAUCAUUUCUAUGGGUGGACGGGCUCUACGUUGGGAGUAUUCACAACCACAGCACAGACCCCUCUCUAAACCACAACCACCAUUAGUAGCAAUAAACAAAACUCGUAGCAGAGGCAAGGGUCAUAGAAGUCGGUCCAGUGAUCCAGUACUCCAUGAUACACAGGUUCAUAAUCAGAGAAAUUCACUACCUGCUUCCAGUAGGAAGCAAGUGGCAAUAGUUCAACCGCAGAGAAGAAAUGUAAUGCAGGGAGAACCAAGUAGCACUCCCGAAUUGACUGAUUCUAGUCAAAUUGAAAACACGGAAAAUGAAAACACUGAAGAAACAAUUACGAGGAAAUCAGCGCGGCCUAGCCAAAAAAGUAUCCAAACAAAUACAAAGGCUUCAGAAUGGAUAGAGUCGCGUAAAAGCUCGAGAGCGCCUAUCACACCGACACGAACACGGAAAACCCUCACACCGUCAGAUUUACAAUGUCGAACUAAAUCUGCAACACGACCACAGAGAGACACACAAUUGCGUUCAAAAUCCUUGGCAUGUAUACCGUUAGAAAUUGAAGGAGAAAAAACAAAGGUGACUCAAGCACCGAGACAAACUCAGUCGCGUUCCAAAAUCCUAGAAGGAACACAAAUAGAAACAAAAUCCACAACUCGGGCGACUCUCACACCGAAAGAAACACGUGAAGUCCGGUCAAGGUUAGCAGUUACACCAAACGACACAAAAGUAGAAUCCAAAUCCGGUACACGGAAGUCCCUUACACCAAGAGAUGCCCCAUCAGAACCCGUAGAAGUUACAUCGAAACAAACAAAAACUUCAAUACGGACUACCCCGAGGCACACACAAUCAAGUUCAAAAGUCGAAGUUACCCCAUUACAAUCAAGAACAGAAGCGAAAUCAACAGUACGGGCAUCUACGCCUAGGGAAACACGCAAAUCGCGUACUUUGGGACCUGUGACCAACUCAGUUAAAUCACGAAAGGCGCUCACUAAAAAAUCUUCAGUUAUACCAAUACUAUCAAAAUCAGUUACACAGCUAGCAAUUACACCGACAGAAAAUCGUGACACAUCGCGUUCAAGUGUACUUGCAGCAAGAACACCGUUGAAUCAGUCGAAAUCUUUGUUGCCACGUUCUGCGCGCACACCGUCACAAAGCACCUCAACAUCUGUACUUAGUAGGUCUCGACUGACAAGUACGCCGAAAUCGUCAAAUAGACAGACACACAUCCCAGAGAAGCGCGUACUACCACCACGAGCAAGAACGUUAACACCGCGGGCUCAACAGUUCGCGACAAACAAGUCGUCUCUUACGCCGCGGACUUGGCGCGAUACAUCGCUUCGCUUGACGGUGUUACGAAAGUCCCAUAGGCCCGUCAAAAUACAGGCACCUACUUUAAUUGACCACACUAAACAAGCUGCUUUAUUGCUGAUGACACGUCAUACGAAGUCAAAGUCUCCAAACGCGGUAUCUACUGUUGUGAUAAAGCCAUCUCCAAUACCAAAAUCAAUGAAAAGAAGCUCUCGGGCACUAAGAGACAGCUUAAUAAGGAAAGGAAAUACUUCUGUGCUAAGUACCAGCGACGAACUUUCAACGCGAAGAAGUUUAUCUUGUCAAUCUGCAAGAAAAAGUGCUAUGAAAUCUACUCUUAAGGAUCCAAGGAGUGGACGGAAAACGGAAUCAAUUAAAUUCGAUCUUAGCAAUCUAGAACAUGAUACUAAGUACGAUCGAUUAUCAUCCUCAGUGGUCACUGUGGAUACAACAAAUCAGACUUUUGAUAGUAUAUCAAGUCACGGCUCACCGUCUUCAAGAAGGUCCAUACAUUCCAGAAGCAGUCGUAUCAUCGAAAAGACUUUGGGUAGUCCUAUGACGGUAACUGAAACUCCCGAAACUUCAAUCGCUACCUCACCUAAAUCCAGGUCUUCGCGUGGUUCUCUAAUUGUCCAGAAAGCUCUUGAAGAAACUCUUAAAACACAAAACACAUCAGGACAAACAAAUCUAACAAAAACACUAAGUCCACGUGCCGAAAGUUAUUCAGUAGUAGACUUGGUCUCUCGCGAUUCUAAUGCUACGGAAUAUAACACGAUUGAUUCUACACCUUUUGGAACCCCUCGAAGUCACAGAAAAUCCAGAUCUUUUGCUGUAGCGUUGCCUUCCAGCACACCAUAUAAAGUGCCGAUAAAUCUAAGUUCGAAAUAUGAGAAUGCCAAUGACACACCGCCACACGCAGAAUCACCUGAAGUUAUUACACCCCAAAAUGAUGAAAAUAAUAAACCUGUUGCGAGUACUAAGGUUUCCAAGAGGUCUCGUAGCAAGUCUAGAUUAAACGAUAGUGAUCUAUUCCUAUUGGAAGACGAAGAUUCUCCGAGAACAUCGAAGAGAGCUGAUAAAUCGGCUACCACUUCUUUCGACGUUUCACAUUUGAAAAGAAAAUUAUCCCAAAGCCUCACCGAGUCUGAUGAAGACUUAGAUAAAAUUGACAAAAACGUAUUUGCCAAGGCCCCUAAGAAUAGUUUAAGUAAUGUCAGAGUAAAAGAAUUAUUUGCUAAAUCACCGCAAAAUGACCUACGCUGUGUUUCGGGAUUAAAGACCUUAUUCAAAUCGUUGAGAAAGCAAAAUACACCUAAAAAUACUCUAGAAGAUGUAAAGGGAGUUAAAAGAUUAUUUAGAGAAAAGGAAAAAUCACCUAAGAAUACACUGGAGGACGUAAGUGGAGUUAAAGGAUUAUUUAGGAGGAGUCCUCGGAACGAAUUGAGGGUUUCUGGAGUAAAGGACGCUUUACAUAUAAAAUCGCCCAAAAAUGAUUUAAGUGAUGUGCGCGGGGUGAGGCGUUUAUAUCGACUAGAAAAAGAACGAUAUAGCAGCAACGUAAGCGGAAUCCAAGAAAUUUUCAAAGAAACUUCAGAAAUGGACACGACAUUUGAUCUACUAAUGAACAAGCCUCCAUUACGGACCUAUAAAGCAGCGAGUGCGCAGAAGAUGAAACUUAAACAAAAAACACGCCAAGCAAAAUCUUUGUACGAUUCGACUUCGAUACACGUGGAUGGCUGGAUGAAGAAUAAUGAAAUUAAAGUGUAUAGCGAAAAAAGUUUGCCUCUAAAGAAAAGGUCGCUUAAGACUUUAAAAUCGACUCCAGUUAAAGGCAAUGUGACGCUGAACUCCACAGAGUUAUGCCAAAUCUCUCCUAUCACUAAGCCAGCACGUCUGGAUACAGCCGAAACGUCACAAUUGAUUGACCACACACUUAACAUCAGCGUUAAUAACAGUUCGGUAUCACUCGGAAGGACGUCACGAUCCAUAAGACAAAAUCGCAGCGCGUUGAAAAAUACUACAUUUACUAUUAAAGACACUAUUACUGAAGAAAAGCCGUCCACGUCACUAGUGACUCACAAAAAAUCUCCAGUUGUCAAAUCGUCCAGAAAAACGCGUCAACCACGGGUCCAAGAGCAGUCAGAUAGUGCCCAAAACCAAGAAAUUUCGGAAUCGAAGGACCAAAAAUCAAAAGAAACUAAAACUACUCGACGAACAGUCAAAACGUCUGAACAAGAGACGGCAACAACUUCAGUACCAAGAGCGACACGUUCUAAAGCAACAUCGCCACGGAAAUCCAGUGUUAGACGCGUCUCGAUUGUAGUUAAACCACCAAUGAGAAUGACGCGUAGAGGCAAAAUCCCGGUAAUAGAACAAAAUGAUAAAGCCAAGAAAACAAAGGCGGGUCCUAAGCAAACUGAGGAAAUGUUAAAGGCAAAGGACACUGUUAAAGGCAAAGCGCGGGUUUUGACGAAACUAACACCAAAAAUUUCGAAAACGAAAAGAGUUUCCAUUGUAGUUCCGGCGAAAACCGCCCUCGCUUCAGCUAGGAAAACUCGAAGUAGAGUGGCCGCUGUCAACAAGGAAGUAGCACAAGCUAAGAAUAAGGCUACUAAAAGGACUGUCGCAACCGCUAAGACAACUCGUAAGGGUAAAGCUGUCGAAGUCGAGCCUCCUGAAAAUCAAGUUAUAGAAAAACCAAAAAGAGGCAGAAGAAAACUAACUGAAACGAAAAACCCAGAAGUUGUGAAGAAUGAAAUUGAAGUAAAGACGCGAGCUAAAACUACUGAAAAACCUGUUAUUACCAAAGUUGAGAAGAAAACUCAAAAAGGAAAGAAGGAGGUCCCAAAAGCUAAAGAAACAGCGCCGGCAAGCCGGAAGAGGAAAUCCCCCGAGACCACUCCUGUUGAAAAUGAAGAUAUUGAAAAGCCAAAACGCGGAAGAAAAAAAGUGGUUGCAAUAGCUGUCACAGAGGUUAAGAAGCAAACUGAAGUGAAGACGCGAGCGAAAGCUAAUGUUCAGGCUGGCUCCAGUAAAGGGGAUAAAGUAGCUCAACCCAAAGGAAAAAAGGUCGCUCCAGCUCAAGAAACAAUAGCGCCAUCUACAAGUCGUAAGAGGAAAUCUCCAGAUGUCACGCCUGCUAAGAAAGAAACAUCUGUAACCGCUAAGAGGCGAAAGGCAGCCGAAAUUACUUUGCCGGCUCGUACGACACGCUCUAAAGCUGAGUCUCAACCAAAAAUGCGCGGCCAAAAAAGAUAAAGGUCAACGACGCUGUUUAAUGUUAAGAUCAGUACAAAUUACAUUUAAGUCAAAAUUUAUCAAUUUGUGUUCGUUGUAAAUUUUAUGAUUAUAAUUGUGGAGAGUUCUUAGAACGUUUAAUUAUUUAGUAGUCAUUUAUGGGAGUAUUGAACUGACAGAUUUCACGGUUUUACGUUAUUUUAAUGUUAUGUUAAAAGUCCUCUCAUAGAGGCUCGUUUUUAAAGUUAAAAUUGUGUAACGUGAUUAAAUAAGGUAUUACUGUUAUUUUAAAAAAAAUCAAUCGGAAUUAAUUAUGUUUUUAUCAAGAUAUGCUCAAUACAUAAUCAAGUUCGCUAAAAUUUCUCUUUCCAAGGAGUGAGUUAAAAAAAUGUUGUAGUUAUUUUCAUUAGCCUUUAUAUAAUUGGACAUAAGUUUGCUUACACUAGCGUUAUGUUUAGUAAUUAUUAUCUACUUGUAGUUUAUUUCUUUAAUUAUAACACUUUUAUUUUUAUCUACUAUUACAUUAUGAUUAAGCAUUUUAUCUAUUUUUGUAACAAUUCAAGCUCAUCUGCUGACUGUACUUUAAUCAAAACAUUGCCAAUUGUAGGGUUAAAUAGUAUUUUUGUAUCGUUU